AUGAACUUGGUGGAUGCAGUCCAACGCCUAGGAAUAGAACACCUCUUUGAAAUACAGAUAGAGACUGCACUAAGUGACAUACAUGAAAAUGAACCCAGUAGCUCCAACCUCCACGAGGUAGCUCUUCGGUUCCGCCUUCUCAGGGAACAUGGCCUUUGGGUAUCUCCAGAUGUAUUCAAAAAAUUUAAGGGCGAAGAUGGAACCUUCAAUGAGUAUAUAACAAAUGAUCCAAAGGGACUCCUAUGUCUCUACAAUGCAUCAUACGUGUUAACCCAUGGCGAGCCAGAACUGGAAGAGGCCACCUCUUUUGCAAGGCAUCAUCUAAAAUCAAUGGCACCCAGCCUUAGAUCCCCUUUAGCAGAGCAAGUCAAGCGUGCCCUUCAUGUACCACUACCAAGGACCUAUAGGAGGCUGGAGGCGCUGAGCUACAUGCCAGAAUACGAACAAGAAGCAGAGCACAAUCCAAUCCUUCUAGAGCUUGCAAAGCUGGAAUUUAACCUCCUCCAGGCUGUCCACUUGAAGGAGCUCAAAGCUAUUUCUGAGUGGUAUAGUGAUCUUAAGGGAUACGUGGGGCUAAGUUUUGCUCGGGAUCGUGUGGUGGAGUGCUACCUUUGGGGGUACUUUUUGUUCUACGAGGAAGAGCACGCGCUCCCACGGAUGAUCUUUGCCAAGUUAUUUUUUCUGCACAUACUGUUGGAUGACACCAAUGAUGUUGGUGCCACCUUGGAGGAGUAUGGGAAGCUCGAUGCAGCCAUACAAAGAUGGGAGGAGAGCGCUGUUUCUCUUGUUCCAGGAUAUCUCAAGAAGUUCUAUAAUAAACUGCUAAUCUGCUUUAAGGAGUUCGAUGAUGAAUUGAGACUCAACGGGAGAUACUCGAUUGAUCACAUCAAGAAGGAGAGCUCAGAGAUUACUCUUUGGCCCCAUCCUCCCCUAAAGGAGUUUCAGCAGUUAUCUAGUUGUUAUCUCCAAGAAGCUGAAUGGUUGCACAAAAAUCACAAGCCCAGGUUUGAAGAUAGAUUGCAUUUGGGUGCCAUGUCCAUAGGCGCGAUAGAGCUAUGUGUGUAUGCGAUGGUUUGCAUGGGUGAUGAAAUGCCGGAGGGAGCACUGGAGUGGGUACUUGGAUACCCUGAUGUCGUCAUGGCAUGCGCCAGGAUUGGGCGCCUAAUGAAUGACCUUGCUGCUUCAUCCAAACCCCGGAACAACAGGGACGUGGCCAACUGCAUGGAGUGCUACGCUAGUGAGCACAAGGUCACAGAGGAGGUCGCCUUUGCUGCCAUCGACUCGAUGAUAGAAGAUGAGUGGAAGACCACCAACCAAGCUCGAUUCAAACAUGGUCAUGAUCUGCUGCCUGCGGUGCAACGGGUCAUCAACUUCACUCUCAGCGGGCCGGUGUACUAUGGUGAUAGGAAAGAUGCUUUCACCUUCAGCUCGCAUCUUGAAGACAUCAUCAAGAGCCUCUUUGUCAAUCCCAUUCCCAUCUAG